AUGUAUUCAAACGUUGUUGUUUUAGGGACAAGUCAAGUUGGCAAAACAGUUGUUAUUAAAAAUUUUGUAUCAGAGCAUAACAAUUUCGGUAUUGAUGUGUGUAUGCCCGAAGAAACUUAUGUGAAGAGUUUGGCCAUUAACAAUGAACUAAUAAUUGUUUCAAUUUCCGACACAUUUCCAAUGAUGAACAACUACAAUUCAGUCAAAGAUAAUUACAUAAAAACGUGUGAUGGUUUUGUUUUGAUGCAUUCAAUAACUUCAUUUGGCUCUUUCGAAGCUGUUAAGACUUUAUAUGACGAAAUUUAUGAAAUGAGAAAUUUGAAUUUUGAAACGCACAUUCCAAUAGUGAUGUGUGGAAACAAAAGUGAUUUGGAAAGCGACAGAGAAGUUCCAACCGAUGAAGCUAAUAGAGUGGCACAAUUCUUAGACAUUCACUUUUUUGAGACAUCUGCAAAGUCAAAUACAAACAUAAAAGAAAUGUUCAUUGGUUUACUUCAAGAUGUACAAAGAAAUAAAACAAAACAAAGAAAUGAAAAACAAUCUUCGAAUAAACACACAAAAGGGUGUAAAACACAAUAA